UUAUCGGAAUAAGUCAGAAUCAGUCAAAGACUCAGCUCAAGUAAAAGCAUAACGGAGAUGGUUACUCUGUUACAUAUUUUAUUUGCAUUUCUAAACAUCUAUGGCGCUUUCGCGGUUGGUUCUCCUACUAAUAAUGAUGUACUUUCAGAAAACGCGGAGAAUAUGUAUCCCUUCAUAAAAAUUGGCAACAAGUACUACUUUAUAAACGAGUCAUUAAAGAUGAACUGGUUCGCGUCUUCUUACUACUGCCGCUCUUAUGGUGGCGAAUUGGCAAAUAUUGAAUCGCCUGCAGAAAUGCUGGCACUGCAAAAUUACAUUUCAGCUAGAAAAAUAGAAUCGCGACUUUGGUUUGACGGCAACGAUUUGGCAAGGGAGGGAAAAUUUGUUUCACACACCACUGGCCGACCUUUGAUGUUCACCAAAUGGUCAUCAAAUAAUCCUAACAAUUGGAACAAUGAAGAUUGUCUUGAUCUUUAUUUGUACAACAAAAUACUUUUAAUGAAUGAUAACAACUGUGACGCAGAGCUUCUCGCGAUUUGUCAGUAUCGCGAACCGAACAGGCAUUGCAGUGGAAAGAAUUCGUUGAUGCAUCAAAAUGAUAAUUGUAUACUAAGUGGCUUAGUUGAGGCUUUUGCGCAAACUGUCCGAACGUGUAAGUCAUGUUCGCAGCCUUUGCUGUGCCCUACAUCAUAGUGCAUGGGCGGCGCUUAUCAUUUUGUUUCAUCUUCAAAAGAGUUAGAGAGCAUGGCGCCAACUAAGAGCACAGAGACCGAGGGUGAUAUGACGAUAUUUCAAAGUGAACGACUACACAAAAUGUGAUUAUAUACAUAUGUACAUAUGUAUAUACAUAUAUAAUUUUAUAUUAAUCUGCGAUAUAUGUAUGUCUAAAC